UAAUUCAAAACCAUUUCCUUCCCACCACACGUCUUGUACAUUAAACUAUAGCAAAUAUGAGUGGUGGUUGGUCUACUAUCGAAUCUGACGCAGGAGUCUUUACAUUUCUUCUCGAUAACCUCGGGGUCAAAGAUGUACAGUUCGAAGAACUGAUCGCGCUCGAUUCUGAUUAUCUCCGCCAACUUUCUCCCAUUUAUGGCGUCAUCUUUCUCUUCAAAUAUCCCGUCGGUGAAGCCCCCAAUAAAGAUGGCACGCCCAAAGAUGGUUCCUACGAUUAUCCCGCUGCGGAGAAUCUCUUUUUCGCGGCACAAACUAUACAAAAUGCUUGUGGCACCCAAGCACUCCUCUCGGUCCUCCUGAAUAAAGAUGGAGAAAUAGAUGUUGGCACUCCCCUUCGCGAAUUCAAAGACUUCACAGCGGGGUUCCCGGCAGAAUUCAGAGGAGACGCGCUCAGUAAUAGCGAUUUGAUUAGAGAUGUUCAUAACAGUUUCGCUAGGUCAAGUCCGUUUGUUGACGAGACGCAACGAUCGUCGAGAGAUGAGGAUGGAGAUGUUUAUCAUUUCAUUGCUUAUACGUCUAUAAAUGGUACGCUCUAUGAAUUAGAUGGUCUACAACCUGCGCCUAUAUCUCAUGGAGCGUCGACUGUUGAAGAAUUCCCAGAGAAGGUUAUACCAGUUUUACAGAGGAGAAUAGAAAGAUAUCCAGCGACGGAGAUACGAUUUAAUCUAUUGGCGAUGGUAAAAGAUUUGAGGGUUAGGGCGAGGGAAAUGGGUGACGUGGAGUUGUUGAUGAGGGAGGAACAGAAGAGAAAUGAGUGGCAAUUCGAAAAUGCUUUACGAAGACAUAAUUUUGUAGGAUUUGCAGGGGAAGUAUUGAAGGGUGUAAUAGGGGAUAAAUUGAAAGAGGGACCUAAGGCAUAUGAAGAAUGGGUGGAACAAGCAAAAAAUAAGACAAAGGCGAGAGCGGAGGAGCAGAAGAAGGGUGGUGGAGGUGGAGAUUUAGAGAUGUCUGGUUGAGGGAUGUUACUGGCGAUGGAGAUUUCGAGAGAAGAUACGCAUCAGGUUGAAUUGGAACUUCUAGGUUGGUCGAAUAUCAUCGACUUAGCAUUACUGGAACUUUUUACGCGGAUGGAACUUAACAAUGCAUUGAUUUGUGAGCGGAGCAUACGAGUCAAAAAAGCUACAACAUAACAUAACGCAACGUCAAUGAAAUGGAAUUUGUUGCCAGGAAACCUGGCUGGAUUGUUUUUGUAGCCAUCUUUUCUACGUUUUAAACAAACUUCUUAUUUGUGUUAUAAAUCAUUGAUAAGCUAACAAACAU